UUUAGUUGGAAGAACUUUAUUAUUAUAUACUACAGCUACAUGUUACCUCUGUUUUCUGCUCUGUCACUCACUUCAGAGUUCCCACACUAGACUUCAUUCUCGUAAUCUCAUGUGUUCCUGACAAACCACCACCAUGAAACCGCCGCCGCCGCCGCGACCUCUUCCACCUGCUUUCAUUGUCCUUCUCCUCCUUCUCCUGCUCUCCAACCCCAUUGCCACAUCUCUCUCUCUCCCUCACCCUCCAACCCCAUCCCCCACAUCAUCUCCAGCAUCACCGGAAACAUCCACUACCUCCACCCUUGACCCAAAGCAAGUGAUAGCCCUAGAAUCCCUCAACAUACCCACCUCAAGAGACCCCUGCGCCCAACCCUCCUUCCACAAUGCCACCAUCUGCGACUCCUCCAAACCCUUCCGCCACCUCAUCUCCCUCCGCCUCGCCAACUGCUCCUCCUACCUCUCCCUCUCCUUCACCGCCCUCAAGUCCCUCUCCACCCUCCGCUCCCUCUCCCUCCUCAACUGCCCCCUCUCCCCCGUUCGUCUCCCCCCGGAACUUGCCUCCUCCCUCACCUCCUUCUCCUCCGUCAACGGCUUCCGCCACAUCUCCGGCGUCUGGCUCUCCCAGCUCCCGAACCUUACUUCCCUCACUGUCUCCGGCGGCCAAAUCAAAGCCUCCGGCCCCUUCGUCAUCCUCGCCCACAUGACCAAGCUCAAAACCCUGACCAUCUCCAACGCCAACCUCACCGGAUCCCUCCCCGGCCACCUCCACUCCAACCUCACUUUCAUAGAUUUCUCCAACAACCGCCUCAAAGGCAACAUCCCCCCCUCCAUCACCAUGCUCGACUCCCUCCAACUUCUCAACCUCUCCUCCAACUCCCUCGCCGGCGAAAUCCCUUCCUCCCUCGGAGACCUAAUUUCCCUCACAAACCUCUCCCUCGCUUCCAACUCCUUCACCGGCUCCAUCCCCGAUUCCAUUUCGGCCCUCCCCAGCCUACUUCACAUGGAUCUGAGCUCCAACCAACUCAACGGAACCAUUCCCAAGUUCAUUUCUCAAAUGAAGUCUCUGAGGUACUUGAAUCUCGCCAACAACAACCUCCGCGGCGUUAUGCCCUUUAACCUCACUUUCAUCAAGCGAUUGGAGGUCUUAAAGGUUGGUGGCAACACUAACCUCUGCUACAACCACUCCACCAUUUCUUCCAAAUUGAAGCUCGGCAUCUCUCCCUGUGAUAAGUACGGAAUGCCGGUGACUCCGCCCUCUAAGGAUUCGUCCGCAGAUGACAGCACUGACGAUGAUUACGAUGAUGGUGAUGGGGAGGGGAUUAGACACAAGAAGGAGCACCAUCAUGGUCCUAACAAGUUCGUUCUCGGUGUCGCCAUUGCCCUCUCUUCCAUUGUCUUUCUCAUUGUUUUCUUAAUCCUCUGCUCCAAGUGCUGUCGUUAGAGGAAAUUUUGGAUAUUUUUAGAUUAGGAAAUUCAUAAAUUCGGUUGAGUGCACCCUGUUUGAUAUAUUUAUUUAUUGUUAUUAUUAUUAGUAGUAGUAUUAGUGUCAUUAAUUAUUAUUAUACAGGGUUUACAGAGUAGGUUGGAGGGGAGGAAAGAUAAUGAAUAUGUAACUGCCGAAACAAAAUUGGAAGAUAAAGAAUAAAAUAACGAAAUUGUUGUA